AUGGCAGGAACAGCACCAGCUAUUAUGCUGGAUACCUCAAACGUUUCAUCUGACCACACAGCUCCAUCUACAACAGCACAAAGUCAGGAUAUGUUAUCACCAAUGACGCCAACCAAGUCGAAUUACGAUGGACAAACAUUACAUUCUAGGUCGCCGUCCGUACAGACCAACAUUUCUAGAGAUCGAUCUAAUUCCAACAGAACAUACGUUCAGCAAUCCGAUUUGCAAAUAGAAUCUCCAGAGGAGGCAUUACGACCCGAUCCUGGUAACGAGAAGGAUUUCGUUCGUGAAAACAACCCUUUCGCGUUCACACCAGGUCAACUCAACAAGCUACUCAACCCGAAAUCGCUAUCAGCUUUCGUCGCACUCGGUGGUCCACAGGGUAUCGAGAAGGGUUUGAGGACGAGUCUGACUGCAGGUCUAUCUGUGGAUGAACAGAAAGUUGAUGGUCGUGUCACCUACGAAGAUGCGACAACCAUCGACAAGAAGUCCGCUUACUCGGCAACACCAGUCGCAGCCGAAGGUGUUACUGCUAGGGAAGUCAAAGGUCAAUUCGAAGAUCGACUACGAAUCUAUGGCGACAACAGAUUACCUGAGCGCAAACCCGACAGUAUUUGGGUCCUGAUAUGGAGAGCCUACAACGACAAGAUUCUGAUUCUUCUUUCGAUCGCCGCCGCUAUCUCUCUAGCUCUUGGUCUGUACGAGACAUUCUCUGUUGGUCAUGGUGUCGAAUGGAUCGAGGGUGUUGCUAUUAUCGUCGCUAUCACUAUCGUCGUCACUGUUGGUGCUGCAAACGAUUGGCAAAAAGAACGACAAUUCGCCAAACUCAACAAGCGCAAAGAUGAUCGAGAAGUCAAGGUUAUCAGAUCCGGUCGCACAAUUCAGGUAUCAGUCUACGAUAUUACUGCAGGUGAUAUCAUGCAUCUCGAACCCGGUGAUGCCGUUCCAGCUGAUGGUAUUUUCGUUUCUGGUCAUGGUGUCAAAUGUGACGAAUCAUCUGCAACUGGCGAAUCUGAUCAAAUGAAGAAGACUCCAGCUAUUGAGGUUUGGCAAGCAAUUCAAGACGGUACCGCAACCAAGAAGAUGGAUCCUUUCAUCAUUUCCGGCAGCAAGGUUCUUGAAGGUGUUGGUACAUUCGUCGUCACUUCAGUUGGUGUCAACAGCUCUUUCGGUAAAAUCAUGAUGUCGCUCCAGACCGCAAACGAAGAUACACCUCUACAAGUCAAGCUUGGUGGUCUUGCUAACUGGAUCGGUGGUCUUGGUUCAUCAGCAGCUAUCCUCCUGUUCUUCAUCCUGCUCUUCAAGUUCUUGGGUGCUCUAUCUGGCAAUCCAGGUACUAGUGCUGAAAAGGCUUCAGAGUUCUUGGAUAUUCUCAUCGUCGCAAUCACAGUCAUCGUUGUGGCUGUUCCAGAAGGUCUACCAUUGGCUGUCACUCUAGCACUCGCUUUCGCAACCACUCGAAUGUUCAAGGAGAACAAUCUUGUUCGUGUUCUACGAGCUUGCGAGACUAUGGGUAACGCCACUACCAUCUGUUCCGACAAGACUGGUACUCUUACUCAGAACAAGAUGACUGUCGUUGCUGGCACAAUUGGUGUUGAUCAAUCAUUUGCUUCUUCCCACACUGAGCAGGAGAAGGCUGUCGCUAGCUUCAGCUCUGUCUUCGGCAACCUUUCUCGCAAGGCCAGAGAUCUCGUUAAGGCUUCGAUCGCACUCAACAGCACUGCAUUUGAGGGUGAGGAGAAGGGUGUACCAACUUUCAUUGGUUCAAAGACCGAAACUGCUCUUCUCAACAUGGCAAAGGAACAUCUUGGUCUUGAUGGAUUAGCUGCUGAACGAGCCAACGCCAAUACUGUCCAACUCAUUCCUUUCGACUCCAAGAGAAAAUGCAUGGGUGUCGUCUACGAGAUCGAGGGUGGCUACAGAAUGCUUGUCAAGGGUGCUGCUGAGAUCAUGCUUGGUAAUGCUACCCAGACUGUCGCCGAUAUCUACACCGAGAACCUCGCCACAAAGCCAAUGACCGGUGAAGACAAGGAACGACUUGCUGCUACAAUCGAAGACUAUGCUCAACACUCUCUACGAACCAUCGGUAUGCUCUACAGAGAUUUCCCACAAUGGCCUCCAGCAGGUGCCAAGCGCAUGGAAGAUGACAAGAACAUGGCUGAAUUCGAUGAUGUCUUUGUCGAUAUGACUUGGGUUGGUCUUGUCGGUAUUCACGAUCCUCUCCGACCUGGUGUCAUUGAAGCUGUCAGUCAAUGCAGAACUUCCGGUGUCGUUGUCCGUAUGGUUACUGGUGACAACAUUACUACCGCUCGAGCCAUCGCUACUGAGUGUGGUAUUCUCCGACCUGAAGAUAAUGCUUUGGUUAUGGAAGGUCCUAAAUUCAGACAACUCAACGAUGCUGAGAUGGAUGAGGUUAUUCCAAGACUUCGUGUCCUUGCUCGAUCAUCACCCGAAGACAAGAGAAUCCUCGUCGGUAAGCUGAAGGCUAAAGGUGAGACUGUUGCUGUCACUGGUGACGGUACCAACGAUGGUCCAGCUCUCAAAAUGGCUGAUGUCGGUUUCUCUAUGGGUAUUGCUGGUACUGAAGUCGCGAAGGAGGCCUCAGCUAUCAUUCUUCUCGACGACAACUUUGCCAGCACCAUCACUGCUCUCAUGUGGGGUCGUGCUGUCAACGAUGCUGUCAAGAAGUUCUUGCAGUUCCAGAUUACUGUCAACAUCACUGCUGUCGUACUUACAUUCAUCUCGGCCAUCUCCAGCUCAGAAAACGCUUCAGUUUUGACAGCUGUGCAACUUUUAUGGGUCAACUUGAUCAUGGACACACUUGCAGCUCUUGCCCUUGCUACUGAUCCACCAACACAGAAGAUUCUCGAGCGACCACCACAGAAGAAGAGCGAGGCACUCAUCACACACAACAUGUGGAAGAUGAUUACUGGUCAAGCUGUUUACCAACUCGUGGUUUCACUGGUCUUGUACUUUGCCGGUAUGCAAAUCUUCGGCUAUGGACCUGAACGACGACAGGAACUCGACACUAUUGUCUUCAACACUUUCGUAUGGAUGCAAAUCUUCAACGAGUUCAACAAUAGACGACUUGACAACAAAUUCAACAUCUUCGAGGGUAUUCAUCGCAACUUCUGGUUUAUCGGUAUCAACUGCAUCAUGGUGGGUGGUCAAGUCAUGAUCAUCUUCGUUGGUGGUGCUGCCUUCCGAAUUGUCCGACUUGACGGUAUUCAAUGGGUCAUUUGCAUUCUGUGUGCACUACCUUGCAUGCUAUGGGCCAUUCUCAUCAGAUGCCUGCCAGACAAAUAUUUCGGUGCUGCCUUUGAUGCUACCAUUAACGGUCUUGCUGUUGUGCUCAGACCAAUCAACAAGGUUUUGCACAUCAUCUUUCAUCCAGUUGCCCAAGUUUUCAGAGCAAUUGGAAGAGGCACUAAGAGGAUGUUUGGAAAGGGCAAGAAGAAUGACGUUGAUGAUUCGGAGAAGGGUAUCGGUGCAGUGUCGUCUACACCAAUGCCUACUGUAUUUACUACCGCGCCGACAAAGACUGUGCCGGAGGUGAAAAUUAACUGA